AUGAAUGCGUUGUAUAGAAGAACUGUUUUGUUUAAACACUGCGAUUUAAGAAAGCGCUUUAUACAAUAUGUCCAAGGUCAGGAGCCUGAACCCAAAAUAAGGGAAUAUUUUUAUUAUAUAGAUCACCAAGGAAUGUUAUUUCUAGAUGAUUCUAAAAUGAAGAACUUCACUUCAUGUUUUAAAGAGAAAAAAUUCCUUGAAUUCUUUUUCAAAAGGAUAAGGCUGAAUAAAAGUGGUAGAUAUGAAAAAGAAUUCCCAUAUAUAUCUUUAUGUGGACGAGAAAGAAACUUCGUAAGAUGUGAUGAUGUACCAAUUGUUUAUACACACAUUGUUAAUGUAGACUCAACUGACUUUUUAUUAUAUGGUUAUACAGGUGACUCAAUGAAAGUCCAAUUUCAACCUGAAAAAGUUUAUAUGUUACCAGAUACUGGUAGAGUAUACCAUCCAGCCGAUGAUAAAUAUGGAGGUGUGGGGCUCAUUAGAUCUAAACUAGCUAUUGAGAUAAGCAAACAUUUUACAUUUGAGAAUGGUGAACAUAAUUCUCCCACUCAAUUUACUUGGAAGGACACUAAGUAUACUUUAGACCAAUCUUGGUUCCCACAAGCAGUAGAAAAGUAUAAUAUUAAAAUAAAUUCAAUCCCUUAUUAG